ACAUCGAGUUACCAAUUUCCCUUCUUGGCGUUCACAUCGAUAGAGCGACAACAGCAACUAGUUAACGCGACCAAAGGAUCAGAUCCAAACUUCCCACCAAACGAAACUCCACAUCAAGGCCGAAAAACUAACACAAAUAAUUCGCAAAUUACCGAUUGACGAAUUUCCCGGCGCCAGAUUUUUCUCAUUUACCGACGCCAAUUUCAUUGCCGGCGAUUCCCAAUCUCAUCCAGACGAAAAGUAUCGUGCAGAAGCGUUUAAAAAUGAUGAAAUUCGUGCAGAUAUUAUUGUGCUACGGCCUACUCCUCACCCUGUUCUUUGCCCUCAGCGAGGCCCGACCUUCGGGUGCCGAAACAGGACCGGACUCCGAUGGACUUGAUGGCCAGGACGCGGAGGACGUGCGAGGCGCCUAUGGAGGUGGCUACGAUAUGCCAGCCCAGGCAAUCUAUCCCAAUAUUCCAAUGGAUCGGCUGCAGAUGCUCUUUGCCCAAUACAGACCCACCAGUUACAGCGCCUAUUUGAGGAGUCCCACCUACGGCAAUGUGAAUGAACUUUAUCGGCUGCCCGAGAGCAAACGUCAAGUUAGAUACCGGCAGUGCUACUUUAAUCCCAUCUCCUGCUUUAGGAAGUAAGUUCCCGGACAGUGGGAAGAAUAUCCGGAACCCAGAGCUCUUGGUUAAACUAACAAUUCAAGCAUUUCAACAAACCAAAACCAAAAAAAUAAGCCACAACACAAAGAUUAGCAUAAUGGAUAAACGCAAAUGUUUAGAGCAAUUAAACUAAAGCUAAGACUCAACUAUAUCCAUAUACAUAUAUAUACAACUUAUCCUUUGAAUGUCUACGAAACGUAUGAAAAAAUGUUCGUUCCAUUGUAGUUGCCAAAAAAAAAAAAUAAAUUAUGUACCUAUUUAUUUGAAUAUUAGCACAAAAGUUUGAAAUUUAAAUAUUUCGUUUCUUGAUUUACGCUUUGCAUAUGGUGUGGUAAAAUAAAAUACAAUGCUUCAAUAAGCUAUUUAUAUAUUAAAACUGCAUUCCUCAAUGUGUGUGCUUUUGUAAAUUUAAGUGUCCCAGCUAAUGUAUAAUACAAGUAAUUAGAACAACAAACAGGAAUGCAAACUUGGUGUCAUCUAAUACCUCCUACACAAAACUAUACAUGUAAAAUAUCUUUCUAAAUAAAAGUUAUAAAUAUUUACGAAUAAACU